AUGGCUUUCACUGAUGAUGCUGUCAAAGCAAAGCUAUCAGCUCUGAAUGACUCACAGGAGAGCAUCGUUACUGUUGCGCAAUGGGUCAUGUUCCACAGACGUCAUGCUGAGCGGACCGGACAAAUAUGGCUUCAAAAGAUUCGCGACUCGCCACCUCCCAAGCGACUCAACCUGAUUUACCUAGCCAAUGAGGUGGCCCAGCAAUCUAAAGUACGCGGAAAACAUGAUUUUCUCAUUGCGCUAUCUCCGAUAAUCGUCGAUGCUACAUCAGCGGCUUACAAGGGCUCGUCGAAUGAAUACCAACAAAGGAUCCGCCGAGUCGUGGAGGUCUGGAGACAACGCAAUGUCUUUGACGGAGCUAUUUUGGAUGCAGUGGAAGCUCGCAUAGAUGAACUCGACAAAGCUCGUCCUACAAACAAGAAGCAAACCCUCGGAGGCUCCUUCUUCAAGGACACUUCUUCGGGAUCCACUCCGUCCGAACUACAACCUCUCAACCCAUUGCAGGUUGCUCUCACCAAGGCCGUCAUCAACUCCAACAAUUCUGCCACAACCGCUACUUCGGAGUUCGACAAGCUCCAUGACCCCAAGACCCCAAAGCCUACACUGCCCGUUCAUGCCGCACGUUUAAGUUCACUCUUGAAGACGCUUGCCAACGCAGAAAACUCCGUCUCCGAGGUAAUCAAGUCGCGCCGCGCCUUAAUCGAUGGGCUCGAGAAGAUCCUCCAGACCAACCGUGCAGAGCUAUCGAAGGAGGAGGUCCUCAGCGCCGAGCUCUCACAGAAGAAAGCCUCGGUCGAUACCAAAAAGCGGGAGGUCGAAGAUGCCAUUAUGCGCGGUCUGCCCAGUGAAGAGUCCUCCACAAAUCCCGGCGAACACAGCGGACGCGAUGAUUCAUCUGCCCGCCCAGAAGUCGAAGCUUUGACACCUCCCCCGGUGGAAGCUAUUACACCAGUGGGGUCCCCACAGCCAGAAAAGCAGCAGCUCCGCCACGGCCCUUUUACCGAAGAGGCGGACGACGACACCUUAGAAUGGAACCCCAUGAACAUCCCCAACAUUCAGGAGUCAGGCAACGGGACUGCCAUCACUGAUCAAUCCACUGCUAUUUCUCCGGACCAUGACAAUGACUUCGAUAUUACUGCCGAUGGCCAUGCAAAGAGGCGCAAGAUCUCGCAUGGCGAGGAGGACUAUGCGGCUUUUGCAGGCGGCGACCUAGAUGCUGAUGUGGCUGACCUGCUUGCCAGUCAGGGUAAACAGUAA